AUGAACGCAAGCCCGAAGCUAGUAUCCAAAGCGACUUCCUCGUUCGAAAAGGACCACCACAUUUUUGGACUGCGAGGAAUCCUGGCCAUCUCCAGCUUCUUGUGGAUUUUCUUCGAAACGUUCAUCCCAGCUGUAGCUACGCAUAGUACAGCAGGACCAGGGUAUCAACGCGUUCUGCGGAUUGUCUUUGGGACGGUACUAUGGGAUGAAAGUCUGAUCAGCUCGUUCUUUUUUGUUCUCAGUGCUCGAGCCAUAUGCGUUCGAUUCUUGAAAGAUCCGACAGCGGACAAAUUCGCUGGAGCCAUCAUCAGGAGAUCCAUUAGACUCGUUGUCGCAAGUGGAGCCGCUCUCUUCAUCACAUAUGGAAUUUUCGCUGGCCUUGGAACGAAAUACAUCGCGACCUUCAAGCAGACACUACCGAAUCACUCGAUCAACUCGCCUGGCGUCCCGAAGACUGCACUGCAAGGAUUCAAUGCAGUCUUCGAUAUGUUCUGGGUCGUUCGCCAGUACGACUCCCAAGCGGCAAAUGCUUUCUGGCCUACUAGUACGCUUGGCAGAGUGAGCUUGUUGUACAACCAAAGCUGGACGGUCUACUUCCUGAUGGUCCUUCUGCCAUUUGGACGACCUCAGUGGCACGUGCAGGUACUGGCUCUCUUCACAAUUGGAGCAUUUUGGAUGUGCUCUUGGGGAUGGUACAGUGCCUGUGCGUUGCUCAUCGCAGACGUUACCAUCAACCCAAGUCUGGCAUCGAAACUGGCAUCCGGUCUGACCUUGAGUGAGAAGAGGAAUUGGAAAGUUCACUACCCGCUCAUAGGGUUCUUGAUGAUCCCCAUCGGCUUAGCAAUGAAAUAUGUUUGGGCGGUGUUCCCACGAUAUAUUGACGGGGAGCUUGUGCUGCAUCCCUACUUGGAUCUGUCGGAGCAGACGACUCGUCGUCAAUUCGCGGCAGCGGAUCCAUAUCCUCGAGUGGACGACUUCUUCGUCAUCUUCGGGCUACUCUUGAUCGUGGAAACUAUGCCCAAAGCGCGAAAUGUCCUGUCUGGACCAUGGCUCGUAUCGUUGGGCAGACGAUCUUUCAGCUUGUUUGUCGCUCAGAGUUUGUUGAUGUGGAGUGCAGGCAUAAAGCUCUGGAUCCACCUGCACAUGGCCAAUGGUACAUCGGUGGCUUUGGCGAAUUUGGCAGUAUUUAUCACAACCCUCGUGGCUGUGAUCUUGUUUGGAGAGGCAUUCUACCGCGUUGUGGAUGUACCAUCUCAAUGGCUCGCCACUGCUGGCUACUACUGGGUAACAAGCUGA